GGUGGAAGAUAUUCCCUAAGAACGCCACGUGGUCGAACUGUAGUGAGUGGAAGACCAAGCUAUGGUUCGCUUCCCUGACCUUUACUGGCUGCCUCCCCAAAGUCUAGUCUUCGCAGCCUCGCUCCCUUUCUCUAUGUAAUCUUUGGUUCUUCAAAUUUGAGCUCGAUCCUGUGUCCUUUUUCACGACGAUCUGUUACGCGUAAUCUGUCGCAACUGUUUUAUGGAGGUUCAGGAGGAGACCAACAAGUCUGAGGCCCAUUUGACAUCUGCUGCAGCUUUUGUGGAGGGUGGAAUCCAGGAAGCCUGCGAUGAUGCUUGCAGCAUUUGCCUUGAAUCCUUCUGUGAUAGUGAUCCUUCGACGGUGACCAGUUGCAAGCACGAGUUUCAUUUGCAAUGUAUUCUUGAAUGGUGCCAGAGAAGCUCACAGUGUCCCAUGUGUUGGCAAUCUAUCAGCCUGAAGGAUCCCACCAGCCAGGAAUUGCUCGAAGCAGUAGAACGAGAGAGGAGUUUAAGGUUCAAUCCAUCUAGAAAUGCAACUAUAUUUCAUCAUCCAACUCUGGGGGAUUUUGAGUUACAACAUUUACCAGUGGGCACAAGUGAUGCUGAACUUGAAGAGCGUAUAAUUCAGCAUUUAGCUGCUGCUGCUGCGAUGGGACGAGCACGCCACAUUGCAAGAAGGGAAGGCCAAAGGAAUAGGUCAUCAGCUCAGGGUCGUCCUCAGUUCUUGGUAUUCUCAACUCAUAAUAAUGCACCUGCUGCUCCUGCUCCAGCUCAGAGGGAGGAAGGUGAAAAUGUUCCUGAAUCCACUGUGGCUGCUGUUUCUUCACCUAAUAUGACUGUGGGAGAACAACCUUCACAACUGACUUCACCUGUACCUUCUCCCCAAGCUGACCUGAUUUCUGCCUCAGCAUCGGGUUCAAGUAGUCUUGCUGCUAACCAACAUGGGUCAGAUAGGACCGCUAUUCAACCAAUUCCAAGUAGUCAAGACAGAGCUGGACCUUCAGACCUCCAAUCAUUUUCAGAAUCAAUAAAGUCUCGACUAAAUGCAGUGUCAAUCAGAUACAAAGAAUCCAUUUCGAAAAGCACGAAAGGGUGGAGGGAGAAAUUAUUCUCACGUAAUACUACUAUGGCAGAUCUUGGUUCUGAAGUUAAAAGAGAGGUAAAUGCAGGGAUUGCAACUGUAUCACGCAUGAUGGAGCGUCUGGAAACUAGAGACAAUAGUAGAACAAGUGCUGCUUCUGUGUCAAAUGGUUCAGAUAAUAAUUCAGUUGCAGAAUUAGACAAUGCGUAUACAUUAGAGACUCGUGGUGACAAUUCCUUGAGGGACACAAAUAAGCAAGUUUCAGAUGCUGCUGGUUCCAGUUCAACAUAAGCAUUAGUUCUGCAACUGUAUCAACGUAAAGAAUUUCCUUUUAUAAAGGUAAACUUCCCUUUCCGAGAUAUGAGAUGCUAUGCGUAUGAUGCCUGGCCUUCCUCUUCAGGCCAUUUGAUUAUCCUGUAUAUGUGAAAAAGAGCCUAGGGCGAUUGAUACCCUGUUUGGAAUAAAGACACUAGAUCGACAGCUCCUGCAGUCAAUGUGUUUGUAAAUCGAUAUAUAUAUAUAUAUAUAUAUAUAUAUAUAUUAAGAAGGACUUAAUCAUGGAUAUAUUCUACAAAGCUGCACUGAUUCUAGGGAUGUUAUCAAUGCUUUAUGCCUAAAUGAGCACUUGGAACAUAUUUGAUAUAAUAUAUUCUCCAUCGUAUGCACUUGUAUUGGGGGGAAGAAAGAAAUUCUACUUCGAUUUGGUAUUUGAUAUUUGGAUUGAACUGUCUUAGUGCAGGCUACAAGCUGUGGAUUUUCUUA